AAAAAAUUGGAGCAUUUGAAAGUUGGAGUUUUGGAGAAAGGAGGAGUAGAGAGAAGAUUUUUGGGAGAGCUUUGGAGGUUGUUCGAAAACUAUCCCUGUAGUGUUGGAUUUGGUUGAACGGAACAAUCGGUUUCUUCAAUACCCUCCCCCAUAUCGGAGUUGGAGGGUUAUUCUUCACGAUUUGAACAUUAAGCAGUCGUCGAUUUGGGCUCAAGUCCCUGCUCCUCCGGAAGGUACAUUCAUCCCUAAAACUCUUGCUGAAACUAGUGUCGUGGUAGGUCUCCGCUCUUUGGAAAUUUUGCGGGUGAAACAGGCUUAUAAAAAUUUGGCUGAACUGACCCCGGAGCAACGAGUAUAUGCAGACGGUUGGAUGGCUGAUUUGAAGUUUCACUAUAAUCCGAAUGAGGUCGACACUGACGCCUUCGUGGCGAGACAACUGAAGAGGAAGAAGAAGAAGCAGGCAUCAAGCUCGAGUGUGCCAACAGAGCCGCCUAUUGCGACUGAUGCACCGCGAUCUGACGUCCUUUCCGGUCGCUCUUCACGGAAACGGACUCCCGCACCUGAUGAUGGUUGCUUAUCCGAUGGUUCUGUUCACGUAGUUCUACCUGUUGGUGCUUCGGCUCAUACCGAGUACAACGCGCUGUCAGGUCAGCUCGAAAGCUCUUACUUGAAGAGGACCGAGCUGUUUUGAACAACUAUGGGGAGGAUGAAGCCUAUGACGUGUUCGCCUCUUCGGCCUUCACGGUGAUAAAACUUGUCUCUUGUUUUCAUUUUUCCUUUGACAUGUUAUUUUUAUUGACUAACUUGUGGUAUUUUGAUAUCUUCUUGCAGCACUAUCAGCAUGCUAUCUUUAUGAAGCAGGCUAGGCUUGAGCACAAACGACAACUACAGGAUGUUCGUGCUGCUAAGGCUAGGAUAGAGAACGAGCUUGUGGAAGCUCAGAAGUUGGUCAAGCAAGGCCAGGCGGACCUGGAGUCCUUGGAAGCGUCUCUUCAGGCUCAAUUGGCUUCGAAAGAUGAGGAAAUCAGUCGUCUGAAGGCUGAACUGGCGGAUAUGGAGAAAAAUCGGGAGCUAGAGCUUUUCGAUGCUUGCCAUGAGGCUGUACUCAAGUCCCGGGCUGAUAUGAGUCAGGAGGUCUUGGAUGGGUCUUACAAGACUUGGGACAAUGCUGGGAACAUUCGACAGUGGAAGGUGUAUCAAGACAAGCUUUUCGGGGUGGCCACUUCAGGCGACGUCGGUGGCGACGAGUGAUGUUGUCGUUUCCUUAACUCUGUUUUGGUUGGGCGUAUGUGCCUCUAAUAUCUUAUGUGUAAUUUAGGCAUUCGUGCCUUCAGACUUUGUUAAUUUUGCAUAGGGUGUAUGCAUCCUUGGAUUCUUACUAGUUUAAGUCUACGCCAUUGGGCUGGACUUAAAUUUUUUCUUGUAUUCACGAGAAUGAUUUUUCCGGAGUGUCCGGAUCGCCGGGGGGUUUGCCCCCUGG